UGUUUGUGAUGAAACAAAAAUAAUCCCCGCGACUUGGCCACGGUAAGGUUUUGAUGAUUUAAGUGUUAAGUUGCGAGUCCUAAAAACCCUUAACCCUUGUUCUAUGCUUUUACUAUUACUAGCUACUACAUGGAUGAUGGUAACAACCCUCUACCACCACCUCUUCCUCCUCCGAUACAAAUCCCACCACCCACUACUCCAGCCCCAACCUCAUCCUCCUCUUCCCCCUCUUCUGCCGUGCGAUACCGGGGGACACGCUGCCGGAGUGGCAAAUGGGUGUCGGAGAUAAGGGAGCCACGCAAGACGACGCGCAUUUGGCUGGGGACAUACCCAACACCUGAGAUGGCUGCUGCUGCCUACGAUGUUGCUGCUCUUGCCUUGAAGGGUCCCGAUGCGCCUCUCAACUUCCCCGAUUCCGUACUCUCUUACCCUAUUCCUGCCUCAUUGUCUCCUCCUGAUAUUCGCGCCGCAGCCGCCGCCGCCGCCGCUCAGGCUAGGCUUCCGAAGCCACCGCAGAACCCUCUAGAAGGUAGUAGUAGUGCUGGUGGUGGUGGUAACGUUAUUGUUGAAGGGUCUUGUUCCAGUUUGAGUACCGAAGAACAAGGAGGAAUGAUGGUGACGGAGUACAUUGACGAGGAUGAGCUUCUGAACAUGCCGAGUGUGAUCGAAGACAUGGCCAGGGGAAUGCAGGUUAGCCCUCCAAGGAUGCACUCUUUCUCCUCCGAUGAUUCCCCUGGGAAUUCCGAUUUAGAUACCCUCUGGAGUUUUUGAUGCUCAAUUAGCCACUUAAAUUGAUCUCUAUCUAUCUCUGUUGUUGGGGGCAUCUAUGCUUUUUACUUUCUGUCUGUGUUUUUAGGUCUUACAACAAACAAAGCCUAGACAAUUUCGAUUGUUUUUGCUGUUGCUGCUCUUGCUGUUGUUCUUCUUGUUGUUGUAAAUAGAAGAUUAUUAAAGGGAUUGUUAUGAUGAGUUAUGGGGUCACUUUCAUGGACACUGCAAUGCUGCUUGUAGGAGAAAGAUCUAUCCAUAUUUAUUGAAUGUUGAUUCAGGA